ACAAAUUCUGGGCCAGAUUUUCUUCCGCCUAUUUAUACAGCGCAAAAUGCAUCAACAGCCUCAAAGAAUUUUCUCCCUAAGACUCCUCACGUUCCACGUAAUGUGCCCUUCGGGAAGUACCUUGCGAUCUGGAACGGCCGCCGCAAACUCUGAUUUCAGGUCGGCAUUCGACGUCCUGGACACCGACCGCGACGGGAAGAUCAGCCGGGAAGAUCUACGCGCGUUUUACGCUGGGUUCUGUAACGGCGGCGAAGAGGACGAGAUAAUAGGAUCGAUGAUUUCGGUGGCGGAUUUAAACAGGGACGGAUUCGUGGAGUACGAGGAGUUCGAGCGUGUGUUGGGGUACAAGAAGAAGGCGGCGGCUGAGGUAAUGAAGGAUGUUUUCAGAGUCAUGGACAAGGACGGCGACGGACGGUUGAGCCAUGAAGAUUUGAAGAGUUAUAUGAAGUGGGCGGGGUUCUCUGCCACCGAUGACGAUAUUAGAGCCAUGAUCAAAUUGGGCGGCGGUGAUGAAAAUGAUGGCGUUUCUUUCGACGGACUGCUCAAGAUUUUGGCUGUUUCUUGAAUGUAAUUAGUCAAUGAAUUGAAUAAUUGUUUGUUUGGUAGAAUGAAAAAUCAAAACAAAUAUUUUGUUUGGAAAUGGAUGCUGGUCUGUAACAAAUGAAAAUGAAUAAUUUAU